AAUAUCUUGAACAAGAUAAACAUAUAAAUUUUGAAGAAAUUUUAGAUAAUGAUGUUAUGGAAAGAAUAUCUUAUUUAAAUGAAAUUAAUAAAAAUAAAGAAUCUUCUGAAAUUUUGAAUAAUGAUUUGUUAAUGAUUCAAGAAGAUAAUGAUAAUUCAACAAUUCAUA